AUGGUCAACGGCGACGCAAACGGCGCACAGGUCUCUCAGGCGAACGGCGCGGCGGGCGAAAGACUGCCCAAUAAAACUCGAGUCACCACUCCCUACUUGACAAAAUACGAGCGAGCGAGGAUUCUGGGCACAAGAGCCCUGCAGAUCAGCAUGAACGCGCCCAUCCUCGUACCGCUCGACGGCGAGACCGACGCCCUCCAAAUCGCAAUAAAGGAGCUUUCUCAGCGCAAAAUUCCCCUCAUCAUCCGACGCUACCUCCCCGACGGCAGUUUUGAGGACUGGAGCGUCUCAGAACUCAUUAGCGAUUAG